CGGGAGACGCGGGCUGCGCGGGAGCGGAGCUUCCUCCCCCGCACGCAGGCUGCACUGCCCAGCUCCAAGCUCCUGCCCUGUCUACAGCCAGGUAGCAGGGGGCAGCAGGAGCGGAGCAAGAGGCCGAGCCGGCCAGGGAGCCCCACCCCGGCCCGCCCGGCCGCUUUCCCUUCCCCUGCCCCAGGAGGGAUGGAGGUGUGGUCCCGAGUUUCUACGGUGGCUUCCAGCUUUGCGUCCACGGGAAAGUUCCAACCCCUGCAGCCUGUUUCCCGGGAACAGUCCCCGGCCGUGCAACCCAAUUGCCCGUAGCCUGCCUGGUCUCCGAGAACAUUCUGACACUCUCGGGAGGACGCCCUCAACCGCGCGACACUGUCCGAGGAACGCUCUUGUCAUCGCUUGUUGCAAGCUAAGAGCAGUGGCGGGAAGCAUGCGGGACUACGACGAGGUGACUGCCUUCCUGGGCGAGUGGGGGCUCUUCCAGCGCCUCAUUUUUUUCAUGCUCAGCGCCAGCAUCAUCCCCAACGGCUUCAAUGGUAUGUCAAUCGUGUUCCUGGCAGGCACCCCGGAGCACCGCUGCCGGGUGCCGGACACCGCGAACCUGAGCAGCGCGUGGCGCAACCACAGUAUCCCGCUGCGGCUGCAGGACGGCCUCGAGGUGCCGCACAGCUGCCACCGCUACCGGCUCGAGACGAUCGCCAACUUCUCGGCGCUCGGGCUGGAGCCGGGGCGCGACGUGGACCUGGAGCAGCUGGAGCAGGAGAGCUGCCUGGAUGGCUGGGAGUUCAGCCAGGACAUCUACCUGUCCACCAUCGUGACCGAGUGGAGUCUGGUGUGUGACAAUGACUGGAAGACGCCCCUUACCACCUCCCUGUUCUUCGUAGGCGUGCUUCUCGGCUCCUUCCUGUGUGGACAGCUAUCAGACAGGUUUGGAAGGAAGACCACCCUUUUCGCAACCAUGGCUGUGCAGACUGGCUUCAGCUUCCUGCAGAUUUUCUCCAUCAACUGGGAAAUGUUCACUGUGUUAUUCGUCAUCGUUGGCAUGGGCCAGAUCUCCAACUAUGUGGUGGCCUUCAUACUAGGAACAGAAAUUCUUGGCAAGUCAGUUCGUAUUAUAUUCUCUACAUUAGGAGUGUGCACAUUUUUUGCACUUGGCUACAUGGUGCUGCCACUGUUUGCUUACUUCAUCAGAGACUGGCGGAUGCUGCUGCUGGCGCUGACGGUGCCGGGGGUGCUGUGCUUCCCGCUGUGGUGGUUUAUUCCUGAAUCUCCCCGGUGGCUGAUAUCCCAGAGAAGAUUUAGAGAGGCUGAAGAUAUCAUCCAAAAAGCUGCAAAAAUAAACAACGUAGCGGCCCCAGGGGUGGUUUUUGAUCCUGUGGAGCUACUGGAGCUAACAUCCCUGAAGCAGCAGAAAGUCUUUAUUCUGGACCUGUUUAGGACUCGGAAUAUUGCCACAAUAACCAUUAUGUCUUUGCUGCUAUGGAUGCUAACCUCAGUGGGUUACUUUGCUCUAUCUCUCAACACUCCUAAUUUACAUGGAGAUGCCUACCUGAACUGUUUCCUCUCUGCCCUGAUUGAAGUUCCAGCUUACAUUACAGCCUGGCUGCUCCUGCGAACCCUGCCCAGGCGUUUUAUCAUAGCUGGAGUACUGUUCUUGGGAGGAGGUGUGCUUCUCUUAUUUCAAGUGGUGCCUGCAGAUUACAACUUCUUGUCCAUUGGUCUGGUGAUGUUAGGAAAAUUCGGGAUCACCUCUGCUUUCUCCAUGCUGUAUGUCUUCACUGCAGAGCUCUACCCAACACUCGUUAGGAACAUGGCUGUGGGGGUCACAUCCAUGGCCUCCAGAGUGGGCAGCAUCAUUGCUCCCUACUUUGUUUACCUCGGUGCUUACAACAGAGUUCUGCCCUACAUCCUCAUGGGCACCCUGACUGUCCUGAACGGAAUCAUCACCCUUUUAUUCCCUGAAAGUUUUGGAAUGGCUCUGCCAGAGACCUUAGAGCAGAUGCAGAAAGUGAAAGGGUUCAGAUCUGGGAAAAAAACAAAAGAUUCCGUGGACAAAGAAGAAAAUCCCAAAGUUCUAAUAACUUCAUUCUGAUAAAAUUUCUACCCCAUUUGGGUAACUGAAAAACAGAUACAUAAGACUCUGUGAAGAAACCAAAGCUUUUCCUGAUGAAAUGGACUGACUAUAAUGAUUAACACUAAAACAGACCUUGCUGUUGAGAAAUGCUUGUCAUAGAGCAAACUCUGGACCGCUCUUCAGAUAAUCUCCUUAUUUCUCAAAACAAACCAUUUCUAGAGGGUUCUCCUUGCUAAUUAAUUCGAUGAAAUGGGUUUGUAAGAUUUUUUGAAAAUGUGUUGGUCAAAGAUUGGUAAAUCCAUAUGAAGAUUAACACUUAUUUCCAAACAUAUAAAUAUUAUACAAAGAAAAAGAAUGUCAUUGUAUUA